CCCGCCCCCGCCGCCCGGCCCUGCCGCCAGCCCCGAGCUCCUCCAGCCGCCCUGCGCAUCUCUCCGGCCACAUCGACCGCACCAUGAAGGCGCUCCUGCUCGCUGUGCUGGCCGCGGUGCUGUGCGUGGAGAGAGCCCACACGCUCGUCUGCUUUUCCUGCUCGGAUGCCUCCUCCAACUGGGCCUGCCUGACGCCUGUCAAGUGUGGGGAGAAUGAAAACCACUGCGUGACGACGUACGUCGGAGUGGGACUCGGCGGCAAAUCCGGCCAGUCCAUCUCGAAGGGAUGCUCUCCCAUCUGCCCCAGCGCCGGGAUCAACCUGGGAAUUGCGGCCGCCUCCGUCUACUGCUGCGACUCCUUCCUCUGCAACAUCAGCGGCUCCAGCAGCGUCCGAGCCAGCUACGCCAUCCUGGCCUUGGGAAUUCUCAUCAGCUUCAUCUACGUCCUCCAGGCUCGCCAGUGAUGGGGCUGCCUGAGGAAGAGCCGCCUCCCACGGGUCUCGUUAGCCAAUAUCUUCUCUGUUGCUGUCUGCAAGGAGAUCCUCUACUUCUCAGCAGGCUUCCAAGGUGAUUGUUUCCCAGACUUUUUUUGCUCUUCCAAGCGUUGGAGAGCUGGGCGGUUUGGCCGAGCUGUUCUCCUCCUCCUGUGGACGUCUCCCGCUGCACUCUCGCUCCUCCUUGGCCAAGGUGGAUGAUUUUGGAAGGGUUUCUGCUUUUUUCUACCUAUUAAUAAUUCCUCCCCCCCACCCCCAUAAUUUCUAAAUUAAACCAGGCUGGGACUCGCUGAGAACAGAUUCACCCCAAGCACCACCAGGUCUGCUCCAGCACAUGGGUGGCAGGAAUGCAGGAUCCAAAGGGAGACACGUUCCUGGCCCCUCGCAGCUGCAGUCUCUUUUUAUAAAAUAGUCUCGUUUCUUCUGAUCCUGGGCUGACUUUUCUGGAAAACCAAUGCCGUGUACCUUGUCCUUCCGAGUUCUGUAAGUGCCAGACCUGAAUAAACUUGCUCCUGAUGUUACCUGA